UCUAGGAUUUCAGCGCUUUGUAGCAAGAAAGGAAUUGGAAAACCAGGCUACAGUGUCUGUGUCUGCCUGUGCAGUCCAGGAUGUACCCUGCCUUGCCCCCUCUGCCCUGUGACCCUGUACCGGAUGAAGCAGGUACCAGGUGGAUGUGUGGAGGAUGCCACCGUUGUGAUGAUGCUGUUUUCACUUCCCCUCUCCUUUCUUGUCUUCCUUCUGUGUUCACUCUGCUUGUCCACUUUCUGCUGUCCCCUCCCUGUCCGAUUCCUGCCUGUCUGCUCUCUGUCUGUCCACUCUGUGUCCACUCUCUGCUGCCCCCUCCCUGUCUGCUCUCUGUCCACUCUGUGUCCACUCCCUGUCCACUCUCUGCUGUCCGCUCUCUGCUGCUCCAGGUGUGUGCGGACGGCUAUGACGUCUCCAACCUGCUGUCGGCGGACCCCUCGGCGCGCGGGCGGGGCUUCAGGACAGAGUACUUCAUCCGGCCGCCGGUCCACGUCACGCUGUGCUUCCCGCUGGCGCUGGAGAUCUGCCGCGUGGACGUGGAGCUGUGGGCGGGGGGCAUGGACGACGGGCAGGUGUCCCGCGGGCUGGAGCUGCUCGCCUCCCACGGCACCGCGGGCUUCCGGCGGGUGGGGCGCUGUGAGCUGAGGGGCCGCACCGCCGCCUCCUUCGAGCAGCGGGGCUUC